AUGCAGCAAGGCGCCGUCCGUCCUGACUCCCGUGGUCCCUCGGCACGGCCAUGGCUCUCCUCACUCCAGUUCUCUGCGCUGCCGGGUUAUGUCACCUUCGCCGAAGGUGCCCCGUGUGCGCACCCUGGGCCUGCCCCGGGGACAGAGCAGCAGCGCGGCCCCCGCAUGGCGCCCCAGCUCCAGACCCCGAGGAUCGCACCUGACGGGCUGCCCCUGAGCGGCAGGGAGGUCUGGCAGCGCGCCCCGCGCACGAGUGUCACUUGCUCCAUCUACGGCUCUGGAGAGGACGAGGGAAAUCAUUCAGGUGCCCCGAAAAGGCCCAGAAUGAGGGAGCCCGUGGCUGCCCCCAUCACCCCUGCCCUGGGCAAGAGGCUGGGAGGGCCGCCCUGGCCCAGGCCCCAGCCGCCCGCCAGCCCGAGGGGAGCCCGCCCCCUAGGGGAGGGCGCGGCGGGUGCAGGCUCCUCGGCUCCCCUACCCCGGCCCCGCCUGGGCCGCGGACCCGGCAGGAAUCUUGGGUCUGUGCCUCGAUCCUGUCGGAGAGCAGUCACUGCAGACCGAGCCCCUCUCUCGUGCCGCCCGAGGCGACCCCCCACUCCCAGAACCACUCGAAGGGAGGAGCCAGCGGCCAACGCCGAAACAGAAACGGCCACCGCCGCGGGAGCUGCGAGGUGGCGGUGGAACGGUGGAGUCAACGCGUGCGUCCUUAAACACCAGACUGUCUCCAGGCUUCUCCUGGAUUCCCGGGAGAACGCGAGCCCCGAGCAUGUUUUGGGGGUUCGCUUCGGUCCCUCGGCCCUCCCUGGGUCUCUCGAGGCCCCGCGCAGUCCCCACCCAGCAUUCUGGGACGUGUGUCUGGGCGGGAGCCGAGACCCGGAUGGCUCUUUGCCCGCCCCCCUCGCGCGUUCCACUCUCGCUCGGCGUUUGCUCUUUUUCUUUCUCCUUGGACACUCAGCCAAGGGAUUGCGCAAGCUUCCUGCUCCCGGUCCGUCAGGGGCCAGGAGCGGGGGGCCCAGACACGCCCCAGGGCGAGCGCGCCCUGCCCCUCCUGCACCCUCUCCGGGUCCCCUCCGCCCUCGCCGCGACCCCAGCGAGCUCGCGGCCCCGCGGGCGGCGCCCUCGGGAGGCGGCGUGGAGCGCAGCAGCUCCCCCAGCCGGACGCCGGAGCCGCACGCCGAACGCGCCGUCUCGCCGCCGGAGCCUCGAUGUGCCCCUGCUCUGCCUGAACGUCUCGCCCUCCCCACUCCCGCCUUCGAUGCCGGGACCCCACCGAGUCCCCUCGGUCCCCCAGGCAGAUCCGGACAUGCCCCGCGCCCCCUCUGCAGUCGCUCUCUCUCGUCCAGCUUGGCCGCGGGGCUGGGGCUAGCGUGGUUGAUGCUGGAAACGAGGCAGCCCGGCCCUGCCCCACCAAGGAGAGUGCCGGGGGGGCAAACUGGGAGCCGGCCGGGACCUGGGGUGGGCUCGGCCUCGGAGCCCCCUUCCGCAGGGGUCCCCGGGCGGCGCACACCGAGAAGGAGAGGCACAGGGGCAGGCCCAGGCGCCGCGCUGCAGGCGAGGGGUCGCCGCCGAGACCCUUCCGGCCGUGUCAAGCUCCCCACCCGCCCUGCGCCCCGCGGCCGACACACCUCUCCCGCCGGGUCCCGCUCCCUCCCUCUCCCGGGCCCGCGGAUCCCUCCCCCUGCACCUCCCCGGCGCCCUCCUCCUCCGGCCCCCCUCCCGCGUCCUUCCUUCUCCCCCGCGCCGCCCAGGCCCGGGGCCUCCGGUAGGCCCGGCUGCGCCAAUCCUGGCCGCGGCCCGCCCCCUGACGCCGAGCUGGGCCCGGCGAGGCCCCGCCCGCUGACGUCCGGAUUUGCAUGAGUUCUUGUGCAGCCGCGGCCCGGGCUCAGUUGUCUGAGCGAUCGCGAGCCGGGACGCGGGGCGGGCGCGGGCAGCGGCGGGCGG